GCGCCUCCUCUCGGUCCGGCACGGCCCCCCUCCCGGCGCAGGGGCAGGCCCGGGCGGGGGGCCCCGGAGCCGGCGCGGCCUCGGCCCCGUCGGGGAGGCCGGGGGGCGGCCAGGGCGGGGCGAUGCCGGGCGGCGGCGGCGGCGGCCCCUGCCGGGGCCCGUGACCAUGGGCAUCGCCGAGUCCACGCCGGACGAGCUGCCGUCGGACGCGGAGGAGCAGCUGCGCAGCGGCGAUCAGCAGCUGGAGCUGAGCGGGAGGCGGCUGCGGCGGCUGCCCAGCGCCGUGUGCGCGCUGAGCCGCCUGCAGAAGCUGUACGUGAGCGGCACGGGGCUGCGCGAGCUGCCCGAGGAGAUCGAGGAGCUGCGCGAGCUGCGCAUCCUGGCGCUCGACUUCAACAAACUCGAGCGCCUGCCCGACGGCCUGUGUCGCCUGCCGCGCCUCACGCGCCUCUACCUGGGCGGCAACAGGCUGCUGGCGCUGCCCGCCGACUUCGCGCAGCUGCAGAGCCUGCGCUGCCUCUGGAUCGAGGGCAACUUCCUGCGGCGCUUCCCGCGGCCGCUGCUGCGCCUGGUGGCGCUACAGUCGCUGCAGAUGGGCGAUAACCGGCUGCGCGCGCUGCCCGCCGAGCUGCCGCGCAUGACGGGCCUGCGUGGCCUCUGGCUCUACGGGAACCGCUUCGAGGAGUUCCCGCCCGCGCUGCUGCGCAUGGGCCGCCUGCACAUCCUCGACCUGGACCGCAACCGCCUGGGCGGCUUCCCCGACCUGCACCCGCUGCGCGCCCUGCGCGUCUUUUCCUACGACCACAACCCGGUGACCGGGCCCCCGCGCGUCGCUGACACCGUCUUCCUCGUGGGCGAGGGCGCCGUCGAGCGCAUGGCCGAGCGCGACGAGCCCACGCCCCGGCCGCCGCCCCGGCGCCCAGCGCGAGCCUUUGAGGAUGAGGAGGAAGAAGACUUGCUCAUAGGGGGCGGGGGCUCCCGGGCUCUGGGGUCCCCCAGAGGCAGCCUCCGUGCCCUGGAAGCCGCUCCAGGACUGGGCACCUGAGCCUAUGCUCUGGGUGAUGGACUUUGGCCACUUUGGGAGGAGGGGCUCUGGGAAUGGCUGUGGGACCGGUGGACCCCGAGUUGGGGCAGAGGAGUGACCACUUUGGGCCAGCUGCUGGUGACACGUAGGCCUGGGGGCCGUCUUCCCAGGUAGUAAGAAGACUGCCUCCUGGCUGAUCCCUGGGCAGUCAUCAGACCAAGAAGUCCCAGCUCCAUUCAGUCCCCUUUAGCCCUGUCUAGUCUCUGAUAGAGUCUCUGACACUACAACAGAGGUGCCAGCUUCCUCCUGGAACCAGAGUCCCCGCUGUCUGGCGUCACCACCUCGGCUGAGCCUGGAUGGCUGGGCUGCCCACCAACCUCCCUCCUCCUGGAGUUUGGAUCUCCUAGAACCACCCUUUCUGGUGCAGGAACCACUACCUCUGGGUGGACCAAUGUCUGUGGGAGGCAGCACUGCCCUUGGAGGAGGCCCCGGCCCAGGGCCAGGGGCUUGGAGCUGGGGCCGGUGCCCAGGACAGAAAUGCUGGUGCCUGGAAUCUUGCUGGGAGCACACUCUCCCUUCCCCACAGCCUGAGCCUUCCAGCUGUCAAGUUUGAAAAGAAGCCACUGUGCCUCUAGGGCCUGCUGCACCCAAGAGAGAGGCUGCUCUACACCUCUCCCACUGCCUGCACUCUCCAUUCCCUUAAAUGGGCACCGUCAGUGGCUGGCACGGCGCGGGGCACGGACGAGCAUGGUGUGCCUCCACUCCGUCACCAGGGACAGCCUCAAGGGGGUGAGGAGUGGGGCCUCGCUCUGCAAUUCCCAGGGCCAGAUCUUUCCCAUCCAAGCAAUAAUGGGAGGAGGGAGCCAGGGCUGGGGACACUCAGGGACACUGUCAGGGGCAGGGACCCCACAUGGUAAUGUUUUCUUUAGGAAGAAAAAAAAAAAACUGGCUGUAAACAUAAAUUAUAUUUCUUGGAGAAA